AUGGCCAUAAAGAGACCUGAAACGCAAGACAUUGUGUCAAAGCAAGCGUCGGUUGAAAUGAAGAUGAGAGAGAUGCCGCCUGUUGGAUCCAGAUCUCCAUCUUUGUCAACUGACAAAGGGAGGUUACCCGUCACAGAGGACAAUGUGAUCGAGGAUCUUGAUUUGAUGAUGUCCAGAGAUUUGCCCCCAUUGAAAUCAGCUUCUCGGACCAACCUUCUCAUUGUGACGUACAUGCGCAGUGGCUCAUCUCUGACCGGGAACUUGUUCGAGAUGGAUCCGAACGUGUUCUACGUUUUCGAACCCCUGCACGAUCUGAAAUGGUACAAGUGGGGUGAGAACAUACAUCUUCAAUACCUCACGUCAAGGCGAAAUGUCAUGAAGGACUCAAUAUACACCAGAAUUGCUGGCAAGACCAUCCGACGCAUUUUCCGUUGUGAUUUUCCCAAACUUGACAUUGCUACGCUGACCCAAUAUCACAUGCAAUCGAGUGACAGCACCAAAUCCUACCACUACUGCUUACAAAGAUAUCCUGGUGCUCUUAACAUCUUAAAGUGUAUUCCAAUCCUCUACAAGCGCUGCAAGGCCGCUAAGGUGGGAGUCAUAAAGACAAUCGAAUUCCCCAUAAUUUCAGCCAAGUAUCUUGCUACCAAAGACAGAUCUCUGAAGGUGCUCCAUCUCAUUCGCGACCCAAGAGCAACAUUACUUUCGCAAGUUUUACACGGCCGCUUCUCUUGGGACGCCAUUGAGGAGGAAUCGUCACAGUAUUGCAAAAAGGUAUUAGAGGACAUCCAGCUGGUAGAGAUGGGAUUAAAGUUCAAGAUAUGA